UCAAUUUCGUAACUUCUGUUAAAGAAAAUCUCCGGCCGAAAAUAAUGAAGAACAACUAUUCCUUACUGUUUCUCCUGUUGAUGACUCAGAAGGUUUGCUGGGCUAACGGUGACUGUUUGUAUAACACACUUCUGAGACAAUGCUCAUGCUCACUUGUGGAUUUAACCAACAUUAUGAGUAUUGUGUCUUGCAUUCAAGCAUCUAGUUUUGAGUUUCAAGGGGGAAGUUUAAUAGAUGUUAAUGAUUAUGCGUUACACAACAUUGAGAUGGAGCAAGUGCUUGCAAUGAUCCCCCUUCCAUUGGCCAAAAUUAGCUUCAUAAAUGUCGUGCUUUCUGAAGAAUUUUUGGCAACAUUCAUAAGAUGGGUUUACAGAAUUCCAAUCAACGUGCUUGCUUUUGAAAAUGCAAAAUUUGUUGGUAAUCCAAACUGGCAGUUCAUAAGUGAAACAACACCACAAAUAUCAUCCCUACAAUUCAUCAAUGUUUCUUCAUACCCGUUGUUUGACCGAGCUUCUAACUUCACUAGUCUUGGUAGAUGGAUUUUUAAACUGGAACAGCUGACUUUGAAGAACUCCAAUUUGAAGAAUAUACCAUGCGACACAAGUCAACGCUUCAAGGAUCUCUCCUCUUUAGACUUGUCAGAAAACUUUUUUCAGGAUCAAGAUAUUUCUACUUCCUUUUGCCACGGUUCAUUUCCCAAGCUCAAGACAUUAAUUCUCCAGCAUAACAAUUUAAUUAACUAUGAAACCGUUUGUCAAGCACUCAACAAAUACCCACAACUAGAGCACCUAGAUAUGAGUCAGAAUGACUUCUCCAAUACAUCAUCUUUCCUUUGUCCGUGGCAACCAUCUUUAUUGCUCCUAAAUAUGUCUGACACGUGUUUGGAAGAACUGAACAAUGACCUAACACUGAGUUGUGAAGUUUUAGAUUUAAGCAACAAUAGGCUUUACUCCCUUAAUAUAUCUUUACCCAAGCUCAAAGAACUCUACCUGUCCAACAAUAAAUUUGUCACAAUUCCUAACACAGCUAAUCUUCCAAGUCUGGAAAUUUUAGCCAUAGAUGGGAAUCCAAUUAAAACAUUACAGCUAGGCCAGCUACAACACUAUAAACGUCUACAUAGUAUCAGGGCAGAUAAUAUGACAUAUGAAUGUUCGUGCUCUCUUUUCAAUGAAAUAAAAGAAAUAAAAAAAUCUGGUUUGACACUUCAGCGCUGGCCCGAUGGAUACAGCUGUGACUCUCCCAGUUUAUUUAGAGGCAAACUAGUGAGUGAAGUCAGCCUUUCAUUUUUUGAGUGCCAUAAACCCUUGCUUAUAGUUGUAAUCUGCAUAGUUAUCUUGUUAGUGUCCAUAGCGACAUUCAUUUGCUGGCUUAAGAUUCAUCAACGGAAAAAAACAAGAUCUGAGCAUCUGCAAGCAGGGAACCAAAGUAGUGUCCAGUUUCAAUCAUGAGCUAGCUUUGCAUAGUUGAAAAUUAUAUCACUUCUUACCUGAGCAAGAUGAGUUGCAUGGGGCCAUAAUAAAGUUAUGGAUAAAUCAAAUUUAAUUUUCAUUUUUAUCCAUGUGAUGAAAGUGGAAUUAUGCUCACC